CAAUGGAGGCUUUGAACAUGGCCCACUUAGACUCCAUGUCCCCACCCUCCCCAGGGAUGCACAAGAAAUUCUCCCGGAGGUGGGAGUUAAAGACCCGACGGACAGGGUACUCCGCCAGACGUUCCCAGUUCACCCUCACUACACGUUUGGGUUUACCAGGUCUGUCCGGCAGCAUCCCCCGCCAUCUGAUCCAACUCACCACCAGGUGGUGAUCAGUUGACAGCUCUGCUCCUCUCUUCACUCGAGUGUCCAAGUCACACGGCCGCAGAAAGAAAGGCUGCACCUGCUCCUCUGAGACACACCGACACGGGCCGGGGACCAGGUCCGCUCUGUGAUGACCCCUCGCCUCACAGGUGCAUGCCGGGAAGUAAAGUCUUACAGCGGUGGACAGCCUGCUCUCUCCGCGGCCUUGAACUACAUUUCCCGACAUGCCCCGAAGUUUUCUUCCUUCCCUCCUUCCUUCCUGCAGCCUCGGCCCUUCUGCCGUGAAAAAGGAAGAUGAGAAGCAGCGGCGGUCCGCCGACACUGAGCCGACACUAAACCGAGUCUGACUUCCAGCGGAAUGGCGGCAGAGCGGCUGCUGACGGACCGGAGCCCGAGCGCAGCUGCUGUUCCCCGGCCUUGAACCCGUCACGACCGCCGCUGGAGCCGCUGGAGUCCCGGAGCUGCGGAGCCUGGAGGAGCGGCGGGUGGAGCUGCAGCCUGCCGGGCCGGGCCGGGCCGUGCUGAGCCGUGCUGAGCCGUCGUCUCCCGCCCUGCUAACGAUGUUCAGCUAGCUGCAGGACUGAAGCCUCGACUGCACCGCACCCUGAAACCAGAGCCGACCUCCCCCUGUCCCCCCCUCAGCGUCCCUGCAGGCGGCAGCAUGGAGCGCUCCGGCAGCAUCCAGCUGGACAUCCCGGACUUCAGUAACUCCGUUCUAUCCCACCUGAACCAGCUGCGUGUUCAGGGCCGCCUCUGCGACAUCGUGGUCAACGUACAGGGUCAGAGCUUCCGGGCUCACAAGGUGGUCCUCGCCGCCAGCUCGCCGUACUUCCGAGACCACAUGUCUCUGGGCCAGAUGAGCACCGUGUCGCUGACGGUGAUACGCAACCCGUCAGUGUUCGAGCAGCUGCUGUCCUUCUGCUACACGGGCCGCCUCUGCCUGCAGCUCGCCGACAUCAUCAGCUACCUGACGGCCGCCAGCUUCCUGCAGAUGCAGCACAUCAUCGACCGAUGCACGCAGAUCCUGGAGGGCAUCCACCUGAAGAUCAGCCUGGCUGACUUGGAUGAGGAGCCCAGGGAGGAGGAGGAGGCGGCGCGCAGCUCCAGGAGCAGCAGGACCCUGGAGGCCGUGGUGCGAGCCGGCGGUCAUCACACCGGCCUGCGGCUGAUCAGUGCACGGGGAGGUGUGGAGGCGUGCGAGGCAGUCAGCCCAGCCGAGGAGCCACUCAGCCCGCUGCCGACAGUGGAGCACAGCGGGCUGGAGGGGCCCGGGGCUGCCUCCGGCAGAGCGGGCAGAGAACCCAUCCUUCGCAUCAACCGGGCCGGUCAGUGGUAUGUGGAGACGAGCAGCGAGCCGGAGCGCACCGGCAGUGCCGAAGAGGGCAGCGGCAUGGACCGGGUGAGGAUCAAAACAGAGAGGAUGGAGGAGUGGAUCGGAGCGGGGGAGCACCAGGAGGAGGGGGGGCCGGUGGAGGAGGAGACCACCGUGAUGAUCGACACAUCGGGACGCAGCACGCUGGUGACGGGGCCGGUGGGAGGGCUGGGGACCCGCAGCGCCCAGCCAUCCUCCAGCUUCAGUGAGACAGACAGGUUCAGUCCCACUGGCAGCGUGGUUGUCCUGGCGGAGCGUCACAGAGCGAAGAGCGAGUCUCCCAGCAGGGCGGACGAGCUGCGACAGCCGAGCUCACAGGGGGAGGAGCAUGCAGCGUUUGAUAUGGGCGGCUACGAGGACUACCUGAGGGAGCAGGUAGGCGACCGCUGGUUCCGCUACAACCCCCGCCUCACCUGUAUCUACUGCUGCAAGUCCUUUAACCAGAAAGGCAGCCUGGACCGCCACAUGCGCCUACAUAUGGGCAUCACGCCGUUCGUCUGCCGCAUCUGCGGGAAGAAGUAUACCCGCAAGGACCAGCUGGAGUACCACAUCCGCAAGCACACCGGCAACAAGCCCUUCCACUGCCACGUCUGCAGCAAGAGCUUCCCCUUCCAGGCCAUCCUCAACCAGCACUUCCGCAAGAACCACCCGGGCUGCGCCCCGCAGGAGGCCCACAGCGCCUCCCCCGAGACCACCACCGCCUCCGUCACGUCCAGGGGAGGGCCAAGCGACGAGGCCUCCCCCAGCCAGGAGGAGCCCGAGGGUGGGGGCAGCGGUGGCGGAGGCCAGUACAGUGAGGGUCCUCAGGCCUCGGUCUCCACCACAGGGCCUGACUGACCCCGCGGAGGGGGAGGGGGGAAGGAUGGAGAUUGUGGUGGGGAGUGACAGACGUGGAAGGCCGCUCUGAUCCUGUUGCACCUGAAGCCAACGGGACGCUGAAGGCGUCGAGUCAAAGCAGCGACUGAAAAGACGCCUCAGAGUCUGAACUGAGAUUUUUCCGCUUUAAACCGCAUCUACCUUCACUAACCAAACCGAACAGAUCGAGAGAAAAUGAAGAAAUGCCACACACUCCUACAACCUCAUACACCACACGAUGACGUGGUCCUCGUUUGCCUCCGUCUACUUUAUGUUACAGAUUUCUACUUUUAUAUUUACAGGUCCUACAGGUUCACAAAGCAGCGUCACAACAGUCUGUCUGGUGGAAACUUUGCCAAACUUCUCAGUGCCAGUUUAAUAGGUAGAAUCCUUCGUAUUUGCCUUGAGACAAUCUGGAGCAGCUGGUUAAUAACAAGAACCCUGCGCGCUCUUUAACGUGCCACAGCGGCAUUAAAAAGUUUAGUUGCACAAAAAGAUUCAAUGAGAAAAAACUACGACUGUUAAAGUUCAGCUGUGAUCAGAGUUCCUCAGUCUUUGUGACGUUAGAACCAAUUUAAUAUCCUGUUCUCAUGAAGCUGAAAACAUUUCACAUCAUGCAGAGAUUUCACCAACACCUGCAGGGCUGCAGCUAAACAUUAAUGAGGAGUCAAGUGUAUUGAUAAGUAUGUUAAUUAUUAAUUCUAUAAAAUAUUAGAAAAUAUAAUAAAGUCUUCAGUCUUGUUUUCAGAUGUCUGUUUGUUGUGAUCGACAGUGUAAAACCCAAGAAGCAGAUAAAGACGUUCAAACCAGAACAUGUUUCUAAUUUAAUUUUUCCAAAAUCGUCUAAAGUUUAUAAUCAUGAUCAAAAAACUUAAUUUAAACAAAGUGAUUAAAUCAGUUUAUCGUUUCACUUUUGCUGCUUUGGGAUUCUUGAACUUUGUUCUCAGAAGCAGAAAAGUCAAAAUUAUUCACUGUUCGUCGUCACAUAAUAAAAACAAAUAAAUAUAAGUUAAGGGAGCCCAGUGUGUGGAGUUUACAUGUUCUCCCCGUGUCAGCGUGGGUUGAGUUCCUCUCAGCAGCAGUUUAAAGUUGAAUCGUGCCAAACCUUAGUGUCAGUUUAAUGACUGAACCUUGUGGAAAAGUUACAAAAUAAUUAGUGAAAUAAUCUGGUGAUUAUAAUCUGUAAAUUCUAGAUUUAAAUAAUAAAAUCAUAGACAUCAGAGGCAUUAAUAUGAAGCGUUGGCACCAUCUUGUUUCAAAAUGUGUGACGUUUUCUUAAUGAGUGAUGGUUUGAUGUAGAAAGACCAUCUGUAUUAGAGAUUCUAAAAGGGUUGCUUACUCAACUAUUCCCAGAGCUUUCAACUGUAUCACAUGACCUUCCCCAGCAAAUCAAACCUGCUCAGGUGUCAUCAGGACUUGGGUCACGUGGUAAAAGGUGGGCUUAAGUGGGGGGACAUUACAACCCUCGUUCAUGCUCAAGGACGGCCCCCCACUGCCCCCGCCCCCCAUUACAUCACCAGAAGAAGAUCAUGGGAUGCAUCUGAAAGCUCUGGGAACAAAUAGGUAUUGACAUGAUGCAGUAAAAACAGUCUUGAGUACAAGGUGAAGAACUCUGAUCACGCUGGAAUAAUUAAUUUGGCAGUAAAGUAAAUUCUUAAGAUUAUGGUUUGAUGAUAUUAAUGAAGUGAGUUUUAAGGAUCUGGCGGUUAGAAAGGACCAUCUGGCAGCCUGUUGACUGAACAGACUCACAGCAGGAAACCUGGACGGCGUCCAGCCUCAGAUAAGCUACACAGCUCAGUUACCUCUCAUCACUACGCAAUACAGCUGCUGCACUGCACAGCACAGCACCACCGGGGGGCGCUCUGACCCACUCACACAGGGCGUUCCGUCUGUCUUCUCAGAUAUUUUUAUAAACAAGCAUGUGUUUUAUCUUUUCUUUGUUUUUCUUGGACACUUUUUCGCUCUGACAAUGUGUGUGACGGACGACAGGAGCUUCACGUUCGAGGAGACAUGUCACGUCCGAUCAGUAACGUCUGUCAGUGUCGCAUUAAAUCUGCUGCACAUCAACGACUCAAAACUAAUAAACAUAACUGAUAAAAUAACUUUGAAUUCAGUCAGGGAGAAUUAACAGAAAACUACUGCCAGCUGAUGAGUACAUUAGCUGUCAUCAUCAAAAUGGAGACAGGUUAUGCUAACAUUAGCUUGCAAGCUAACUCUUUUUUGCUUACUUAUCAUGUAUCCUGUAUCAUGUUGUAUUCUAUUUCAGGACAAUUAUAAAUCAUUCAUUUGUGCUAAUAGGCUAAUUAUAAGCUAGUUAGCUGGAAGUGUGCUGACUUAGUUUCGUAUUCAUUUGUCUUGGACAGACUCAAAAAUCAACAUUAGCUAGCUAAGUUUUUGCUCACUCAUUGUUCUGUAGUGUUAUUUUGUUCCACACCACAAACAUUAUUUUCUAAAGGGCAGACACAACAUUAAAAUUGACAUUAGCUCACCAGCUAACUCAGUUCUUUCCUUACUGAUCAUGUAACUUUACAAAUAAUAUUCCAGUGGUUCUAUUAUUACAUUCAUCAUAACGUUAAACCAGAGAUCUCUGUUGCUCAAAGAGUUAAUGAUCGUGUCCUAGUCAGCUACCUUUUAGUUAACUGUUAAUAUUUGCUAAGAAAACAUUAAUUUACUUGAUUACUCAUUAUGAACACUUUGUUUUCUAUUUCAAAACAAUUCUGUGGCACAAACUGGAACGUGUGAUUAGCCUAACCCUUCGCUCUGUUUCUUAAACAACAGCGCUCUCAUUUUAGUGGAGAGCGUCAGGUUGGAUUAACGAACACACCCUAUAGCUUGAUAUGGUUCUUAUUACAGGCUUGUAAUUCAACCUGGAUAAAACAUCUACAGGACACGUCACCACAACAUCACGUGACACUUCUGAUGAUGACGACAGACGCAGUCGUUGAAACUGUCAUGUAAGGGAUAAUGUAUAAUGAUCCGGUGUAUACUGGGAAAAUAACUCCCGACAGGGGAAUAGAACCCCGACGCGCAGCGAAGUUGUGUUCCCAGUAUUCACCGGCUCAUUAUACAUUAUCCCGCUUAUUACACGGCUAAUUAUCAGUUAAAUAAAUAAU